AUACGUCAAGGCUGUGAAAGGUCGAUCGGGUGAUACAUUGGGCGACUGGUCGCAUUUAUAAUGAUUGACUACAGGGUCUUGUGAGCCUUCUGGUGGUCUCGUCAGCACACCAUUUGUCAUACGCUGGAUUUAUAUCGUGACGUAUUCCAUCAAACAGUGAAUAUGAUUCAGGACUCCGAACCUCAGAAGUUGCUCUCCAGCAAUGCCGAUCCUGUAAGAUCUAGUGCAAUGCAAAAGAAAAUACGGCAAAAGUAUUUUAAAAAUGAUGCUGUAAUUAAAGCUUAUAAGUGUGAUUUAAUGAGCCAGAAUAUAAAUACUCCUGUUAAGCUUUACGUUUGUCAUUCGGCCUUAAAUCUUGUCCACCGUCCGAAGCGAAAAAUACUGACAGCACUCCUCUACAGUCAAAUCGUCGAACUUAAAGUCCAAAAUGAAAACUAUGUAAAUAUACUCACCACUAGUAACGAGACGUACACUUUGGCUAACUUUGAACGAUCAGACUCAGCUAUAGCUUUUCUACGCAAUUAUUGGGAGGUCAUUUUAAAAGAGAAGUGUUUUUCUACAUCGUGUGGAAGUUCGCCAGCUAACAGAUUAUUCGUUAACAAUAAUAAUAACACUAAUGAUCCUUUAGCUCACCCAAAUGCAAUUAUAAGUGAUCUCUACAAUCGUUUGCUGAUUUCAAAAGGUUCAACUACUGUCAGUUUAACAAGUACCAGUGGUGGUGCCACAGGAAGUAUUAGCAAUAGUGAAACGGAGAGCGUUGUUGGUGUAAAAAAACAAGAAUCUUCAAUUCGUAAAUUGAGUCUGAACGUUCGUAAACCAUCUCCCAUUGGAUUCAAUCAAUUAAAUGAAGAAAUAACAAAUAAAAAUGUCGAUAUUGGAUCCAACGUUGUUACUCAACGUAAUGAUGAUUUCAAUGCUACCAGCCCAAUUGUAAAUAAUCUAUAUUCCACUUCAACCCCUUCAAAUAUCCCUAUGAAACGCAAUAAUACUUCAGUUUAUCAACAUACUAAACCUUACAAUAACGAAACAGUCAAUACUAAUAAUAUUAAUAAUAGUAAUAAGUUUAAUCUUAAUAGACCGAAUGUUACCAUUUCAACCGAUUGGAAUUGGUGGCCAUUUAAUGUCCUUACCUAUCUGUUUAAUGCUUCUCCUUCACAAAGAUUUACCAUGAUGAUUGCAUAUGCCAUGUAAGUGUUAUCUAAUUUUUACUAAUGUCAUUUACUACAUACCAUAUUUCUGUAAAUUUAAUCGAAAAGAACUGAACAUCUGUUUCGAUCUAGUUUACAACUUAUCCAUCAACAGGGAAUAUUCAACAUAAUUAUACUAAGAUCAAACAGAUGAAUACCAGUAGAAUACUAAUCAUUGGCUUAUGAAUAUUAUACUCUUCCGGAGAGAAUUGUUAAUUAAUGAAUUCAUUCCUAUGUAUGGAUUCAUUAGUACUUAUUGCCAAAGAAUUCUCAAACUACGGCGAGACAACUCCCAAGUACUUCUUGAUUUUCAGUAAGUCACUGAGCCUGAUAUCAAUUUGUGAUGAAAAACACCCUUAAGUCUUGUAUGAAACAUGUAAGUUAUUAUCAAUAGAGUAGCGAUAAAACGGACAAGAUUACCCUGUUCUUUGUAAAGCACUAAUGAGAUGUUACGUGAUCGUAGUUAUUCAGGAGGAAACUAUGGACCUGCGUUUCAUACUAGUUAGUACUCGUCAGUAAGGCGCAUACCUAUAAUCGUCAUGGUGAUGACAUUCCUUAUGGGAUUCGAAUCCGUGCCGUUCAACUUUACAGUUUGGAAUAUCGUUGAGCUACUUGAGCAGCUACUGUAGGACUGAUAUUCCUGAUUGAAUAAUCACUAAAUAGUGACCGAGAUAUUGAAUCAAUGAGAUUAAUGGCCACGUCACAACUUGAUUGUUAGAAUUUGAUCAGUACUAAAAGACUAGAUAAACGUGACAUUGGUUACUACUCAAUACUUGACGAACUGAAAUCUACUUAUACUACUAAUCACAAUAUAUCUAUUAUAAUGUAAUCGCAUAGUCAAUAUUACUUACUUACACCUAUUACCCUUCGUCGAAGAGCAUAGGUCGCCCACCAGCACUCUCCAUCCAACCCUGUCCCAAGCAAUCCUUCCCUGUUCUUCCAACUUGCUAUUUAUCCUUUUCAUGUUUGCUUCUAAUUUCCGACACAGUGUGUUCUUCGGCCUUCCUCUUUUCUGUUUCCCUUCAGGAUUCCAAGUUAGGACUUACCUCAUGAUGCAGUUUGGUGAUUUCUGUAGUGUAUAUCCUAUCCACUUCCAACGUAUUUUCCUAAGUUCCUCUUCAGUUGGAAUCUGAUUUGUCGUCUCACAUAUUAGGCUGUUGCUAAUGGCAUCCGGUAUCAAUAUAACAGUAGUAAUAAGUUGAAAGAUUUGUUGUUGAGAAAAUAGGGAAUUUUUUUUCAAUUUAUAAAAGUUACCAUAAGGUUAAUUAUUUUAUGAGUGUUUGUUGAACUACUAAUCCAUCAAGGAUCUUAUUAACUGUGUGGUUGUACCACACGUUUAAGCUGUACUGUUCAUGUUAUAAAGAGACUGGAUAGUGUCUUGUUCUUCUGAAAACCAGUGUUAAAUUAUCCCCUUCCAGGGUAUAUAUAUUCAUGAAUAAUUGUUAAAUUGUUUAUAAGUUUCACUAAUCCCGACUGUUGUUGCUACCUUGACGUGGUGGUCGGGCUUACCUAUCGUGAUGAAGCGACCGAUCUAUACUGGCCAGAACAACCGUUCCUCAAGGUCCUACCAUGCUAGACAGGUUGGUUGAAGAGCGGUAAGACUAAAAGCAACAAACCCAAGGUUUGAUGGCGAAGUCGUACUGCUGACUGUACAGAGGUGUGACAGCAGUAAGGUUUUUCUUUCAGACAACCAGCAUGGCAGCGAUGCUGCCUUCCCACAAGGAGGGGUGGGGUUGGAGAAGGUGGACGCUAAAAAUGCACACCUCGCCUAAUCCCACGGAUAUCCGUCUCCGGCGGUAAGGUCUCAACAAGUACGAAGCUAGCACGAAAAUUACUCAUAAAAAGGUCGUGUGCGACCGACCUCAAGCAGUUGUCCCUCGGGCACUGCGGUCACGCUCUCAGGUCACUAAGACCACCCCUAAUCCAAUUUUCUUUUCAGGUACCUCCAGACGAAACCUUCCACGGUGUGGGCAACCGGGAAGUGAUAACCACCCUCAUACCUCUAACAGCACUCAAGACUGCUGUAUUCAAUUCCUUUUGUUCCUCCUUCAUAGACUGAAGUUUCACUAAUUACUGAAAAAUUUCUCUUAUCUUCCAUUUGAUAGAUAACGAGUUCCUUGAAUCUUUUUCAUAUGCUCAAUGUCAUUGUUAUGAUCUUGUGUUCCUUUGUUUAGUUGAGUAGUUUCCUUCUUUUCGAAUUAGUAAUGAAGCUGUGAAUCAGUUGUUAAUACAUUAUUUAGCUUCCAACUGUUAGGUCACGAAUUCGAAUCAUUCUUAGUCUAUUUCAGCUUCAAUAGUCCUCAUACACGAAAAAAUAUAGCCUAAAGUUCUUAAUACUUGCACACAAUAAAUGAACUCUUCAUUUGUACAAUGUUUGAUAAUCACUGAGUAAUAACAAUAAUAUCUUGUAGACUGGUGGUUCCAAAGCCUAUUAUUUGCUACUUGAUAUCUUAAACACCACAGUUGCAUUUUUGGCUGAUACGUUGUAUGACCAAUAUUUUAGUCAAUUCACUUAGCGUUUACAUGUACUGUGGGGCAACGGCUAAAAGGCAUAAAACUCUGGAAUUCCAAUAACUUAUUUGUAACUUCAAAUCCUAUUCUAUUCACCUUUAUUUAGAGAGCAGAAUGGCUAGUUUAAUAGUAUAGUUUGAUAAAAUCUCAACACGGAUACAGAAAACUCAAUGGGCGUUUGCCGACUUUUAUGUUUUAUGGAAUAGUCAAGAUGUCUAUCUGCAAACCAAAGAGGGAGUAUACUGCACAGCAGUUCGAUCUGUUUUACUUUAUAGUUGUCAAAUGUGGUGUAUGGAAAUAAAAUAUGUACGUAGGCUUUACGUUUUGAAUCAUGGGUGUUUCGAAGCAUUGCCUCUGUAUCAUAGAACAAUUGAGGAAGUAAGUACAAAAUAUCGGUUGACUAAACUGUAAAUCCUCAUCAACUAAGAUGACAAUGCCUAACCAUCAUCUACUUCGAUGAUUGAUGUAAAACUAUGCUAGGAGAAUGAUAGAGGUAGUCGAACCAAGACGUGUCAUUGACCGUUUGCUUGAACCUUUAAGAUAGAUAAAACUAUCUAGUUAGGGUCCACAUAAUAACCACGGUCAGUAGUUGAAAACAUUGUAUGUGAUAGGUCAGAAUCGUCUACAGUCAAUCAAAUUCAUUCACUCUUUAUCUUACUUUAAAUGUUGAUCUCCAAUACCACAUCAUACAUAUAUUUUCUUCUUCUCUUUUAGAAUCAUAUUAUCAAUGAUUAACUUUUCUGAUUAUCAUCACUACUGCAUAAUUUCCAUUCACAUUUACUGUUCAUUUUCCCAUCUCAACAUUUUAUGAUAGUUUUGGUUAAUGGGUAUUCAUACUAGACCCUACAUUGAUCAUGACUGUGACUUUAUUAAAUGUUAUUUAUGAAUGAGUUCGUAGCCAAUGAAGAAAUUCAAAAUUUGGCUAUCAUUUAACUAAAUUAACAAUUCACUUAAUCCAAAGUUGAUUAACUCACAAAACAACUACUUGUACAUGUAUGUCAGUUAUAAUCAUUUUAAUUAUUGAAGUUUCAGAUAACAAAAUAGGUGAGACUAUAAUUUAUGAAUGACUUUUAAACGAUCUUAGACUGACCUUCAGAGUUUCCAUCUAAUAACUAGGACCAUAUGAAGGUUAUAAACCUGUGCCAUGAAUUCGAAUUAUGAUUUACAAUUGAUGGUUAAGAUUAGGAUUUAUAUUUAGGGUUUUCAUCAUGAACUGACAUAAACUAUAAUGCAAAAAUGAUGAGUGAAUUCCGCACCAAAAUCCGAGAUCUGUUAUCUUAUACCUGAUUGGUUCGUCCCGUAAAUUAUAGUCUCGCCACAAAAUGUCUAGGUAUCAUCAUCAUCAUCAUCAUCAUCAUUACUUAUUAUUCUUCCAUUUAUUCUCUUAAUUUUCUUUUCUAGUUUAGGUUUUUUGUUCUUGUCAACAAUACAUCUUUAUCAUCGAUUAGCAUUAAUUGAUUUACAAACUGGUCCAGCUAUACGCCGUGCUGGAAUGAAUCAUCCAUCAUCUAUAUCUACUUCAGAAUUACAUAAUUUAGAAGUACAAUUAACUCAUUUAACUCAACUUGCUUCAAAAAUGGUUGAAGCACUUGGUCAUUUAACAUCAGAAUUAAAUAGUUUCGUAUUAUAUUCUAAUCCAGAGAAAUUUUCACCAGAUCAAUCAACUAUGAAUACAUGAUAUUAUUGUAUACAAGAUGUAAUUAUUAUCAUUAUCACUAUCAUUAUGUGUCUCGUAUUAUUGUUGCAUUUCAUUUCCAUAGUCUUGUUUGUUGAUUUUUCUUCCUUUGUUCCAACACUAUCAGAUGAAAACGCGCGUGCAAACACACACACGCACAUACAAGCGUAUUACAGUGUUAUCUAACAAGUUAACAGAUACACUUGUUUUUGUAUAUAGCCUUCUUUAUUAAUGUAUUUCUUCUUUCUCUUUGUAUGUAUAGUUCAUUAUCAUUUAUCUAAACAGUAUCUACAAUUUAUCAGACUAUAUAUCUGAUCUCAUUAUUUAGAAAAGAAAAAAAAAAGAAUAAUACUCUCUAUCACUACCCCCUUUUUUUUUACCUAUUUUUGCUUCUCCUUCCGAAAAAUAUACACUACUACCUCUCUUUUCAAUUGUCAUUCAUGUAACUAAAAGUUCAUUGGUGUUGUUAUCACUAUCUCAUUAUUUUCUACUGUGGUUCUAGAUUUUCAUGAUAUACUAUCAUGUGGUAAUAAUGGUACCACACAAUGUUUUAUCCCUUCUCUCUUCCUUGAUUUUCUCUGUCACUUUUUCCAUCUCUCUCUGUUACAUGCUAUACAUGUUAACUUUCUUAUUUCUGCCAGUAUUCUACUCUAUUUAACUUGCUUUUUAGAGAUACACAUGUUAAUUUGUUUGUCUCUUUUAAAAUCUCAUUCUGUUUUCAUUCACUUACUCUGAUCCAUGUAGUGCAUGUGUGUAUGCAUUUCUAUUUUCUUGUUCUAAUAUAGGUGUCUAUCUUCUUUUUUUUCUCUUUUCUUUUCGCUUUAAUGUUUAUCCUGUCAGCUAUACAUAGAUGACACUAGCGUUCGAUUUGGAUCAAUCAGCUGUUGCGAACUUCAUUCUUAUCGGGUAGUUUGUUUUCUAAAAGAUUUUUUUUAGGAUUAAUUCACUUAUUUGAUUGUUAUUCUACUUUCAUAUUCAAUCCUCUCCUUCUUUGUAUUCUCUACAACAAUAAGUCUUUCAAUAUGAAACUCUACUACCACUAGUACUACUACUGCUACUACUACUACUAAAUACUGUGUACGUUUGUGUCCCAAGUUUCUGUGUAAUAAUUAUUUUUUUUUUGUUUACUAUCAUAAUUAUUAUUCUUGUUGAUAUUUUGUUUCUGUUCUCGUUAACUUUCUUUGUCUGAUCUCGGUAUUUCAUUUCUCCUUGUUGUUCUCUUCUCCUCCUCCUCCCCCUCCCUCACGAUCUACAACAAACUCUUUAUAUAUUUUUUGUUGUUUAACUCAUCUUUCCAGUUGAAAAAGAUGGAUUGUUGUUUUCUGUUUGUCUGCUUCUUUGCCUUUUCUGUUUUGUUUUUUUCAAAGGUAAAGUGUUUAUUCGUUCUUGUUACGUCUAGUUGAUCUUUUCAUUCAUGUUGACUUACAUGUUUAUUAUUAUUACAACUGAUGAUAAUAUUUGUACUGAUUACUAUUAUACAUACAUAUCUUGUAUGUGUAUUGUAAACAAAAUGACAAAUCUGAUUUUAUCAGUAAAUAAUAAAUUAAUUUAAAUCAUAUUGAAAUGUUAUUGUUAUUAUUAUUGUCAUGUAUUGUAUUCUGUUAUUAUCAUUAUUUUAACACAUAGAUAUUGGUACAACGAGGCACCAAAUAAAUAUGCGCCACACAAUCUCAUUUGAUAUAUGUGAGGACUGUGGUACUGCCCGAAUGCUCAAACCGAAGCAGGUGGUUUCCUUAGGGGGCCACACCCGGAGCCUUUGAUAUGAAGGUCUGAUCCACAAGACAGUGGAGCAACGUUAGGAUAUGCAGUCCCAUGGAUAUUGAAUUGCAUGUGCAAUCAGGGUUUUCCAACUCCCCUGAGUGGACUCUCCAUGUCCACCAACCCGGUUAAAGCGCCGAACAUUCACUUUUCAUCCUUUCAAUUUCAUGAACAACAGUAAUGCCAUGAGAAGGCAAAUUCUCUGUAUGGCAUAAUACGGCAUCCAUUUAGUUCGAUUUUCUUGAACCCAUCUCCCUGACCUUGACCUCAGUUAACCAUUCAUCCCCGUCAUAUAUAUAUGAACGGGGAGUUACUGAAAAAGAAUAUGCAUACCUUGUGACCAAUUAUCCUAUACCUUCAGAUGACUGGAAAAGAUUGCCCAGGAUAGGGUUGGAUGGUGAAUGUUAGUGGACGGCCUUUUCUCCUUGACGAGGGGUAACAAGAGUAAGUAUGUUCGGCUGACACCUCAAAUAUAUAUUAACGUGAAAUUUUUAAGUAUUUUUCUGUUUGGUAUCAGAAAAUAAUUUAGUUAAUUGAAAUUGGUUACCUGUUAUUAUUAUUAUAAUACUAGAUAAGAUGUUGAUUGGAGGUAGUCAACAGGAAACCCUGGACCUAGGUUUCGUGCUACUUGGCAUUCGUCAGCAAGGUGUACCUGUAAUCUUGAGGGAACUGAUACUAGUAGUUAUGCUUCUGGUUAUUUGAAUAAUCAUGAAUAUUAAUUUAUUAUCACAAGGGGUUUUGUGGAGAUUGUAGUAAGUUCAACAGUUGAGAUCAUGAGUCAAUUGAAGCCAGACCACCAUGGAAAACCUGGAAGCACUAAACGGCCGUUUCGUCCUGUUGUGAGACUCCUCAGCAGCGCACAUCCACGACCCCGCCUCGCGAGGUUCGAACCCAGGACCUAUCGGUUUCGCGCCAGGCACUUGAGCAACUAGAACACUGAGCUGGCCGGCAUCCAACGGUGUUAAUGUCUAACUUCAACUAAUCCACGAAACUGAGCGACACAUCCACCAUUGUCAUCAGGAGUUACUAUGUCACAACAGACCCGGUUGAACUCCACUGGUCAGUGCUUCUCACUAGAACUCCAGGACAUAUCUCUUGAAACCAGUCACUAGUGAGCAUAUGUGGUCUAGCUUCAACUGACUCAUGAUCUCAACUGUUGAAAUAUUAAUUUAGUUUUAUUAUUUAUGCAAAAUAAGAAAGUUUAGUUCACUGAAGAGUACUUUUUUUCUCGGUGAAUUCAUUUUCAAUACUAUACGAUUAUUGUUUAUGUAAUAUUACAUUUACAUUGGUUUGAAUCAUUCCACUGUUGAUAUUACGAGCUACAAGUGAUCAAUCUUUUAUGCACAUGUUCAUUUUGAGUGGAUUGCCUUAAUACUACUAUUAAGUCAAAAGUAUUUUUAAACAAAGUUUCAUAAUAACUAGCAGUAGAAUUCAGGGUACACAGGUCGUCAAAUUUCAAACUUAUCUAUUGGACCCAAACGUGUUUCAAAAAAGCGGCUGAUUAAUUGCAAUCUUUAACAUCGAUAAGGAUUAGAUUAAAACUAUCAAAAAUGGAGUUGAGUUCAUUCUGGUUGCACUAGCCAAUGGAUAUUUCAGCGGAUAAUAUGUUAAGCGUUUAAAAGAAAGGAUAAUGGGUUUAAGUCCUAGUGUGAACUUAAAUACGGGAAUUCAGAUAAAGACAAGUCUCUAAUAGGUCUAAAUGAGUGUCUUACAUUUCACUUUUAGUCAAUAAUCAAUGAAUAAAUUCAAUGCUUUUGAUUAACUGCCAAUAUUGACGCAUUCCAAUCAGGACGCACAUUUAACGAAAUAAUAAUAUGCCAACCCCAGAAAUAAAAAUAAACGAGAAGCUACAUAUACUUGUGAAUUACUAUUAUUUUAUGAUGGACCUAGAAUACAAGUACUAUUUAUAGUUUAUAAUGCAGGAUACUACUAGCACUCAGACUACUACUACUAUUACUACCGUGGUGUAUGCUACUUAUGUUUGUCGACAUAAGUAAUAUAUAACAGCAAUCAGAAGUGAAAUACCUAACAGCGGAAGGUUGAAAAGAUCGAAUUGAAGAGAAUGGGGAUGUAAACAGAGAGUAAUUGUGAAAAAAUGAGGAAACGAUGGAGUUUGAGACAAUUGAUGAAAGAUUUGUAAAUAAAGUACUUAGUGUAUGAUGAGUAAAAAUGGAUAGUGGCUAGCAGUGGAAUCCAGUUUGACACGCGUCUCAUCCUAUUCAGGACUCGUCAGGUACAUCGAGCUGACCAAGUGAAUUUGAACUUCAUCCCAUUACACAAACAGGUGGCUAUCAGGAAGAAACGGUGUUUGAAGCAAAUGGUACCGGGUUCGAGUCCCAGAGUAGACAUCAACCCUGAGAUGCAUGUACGUCCAGCUGACGAGUCCCAAAUGUGAAGAAGCACGCGCCCGACUGGAUUCUACCGUUAGCCACUAUCCUUCGUUGCUUAAAAUGGUUCUGACUUAAGGCAAUAUCGAGGUAGUCAUCACUGUAUGCACAUAUGCCAAAAAGUGACUGAUCAAUUGCGAUCCUACAUAACAAUGAGAAGAUUCAAGUAAACAAUACCAAGUGUAUUUAAUGUAUAGUUCUCACAUUUUAUGAAAGAACUUUUUAAUUUUGUAUUAAAUAGUAAAUUGGUUAUACCCACGUGAAUGCUCAUUCACUAAACUAUUAGUAGUAGUACUACUAUGAUUACUCACACUACUAUUAUUGAUGAUGAUAAUAAUAGUCGAUUACUGUGUGUUUUUAUUAAAUAAGUAUGAGUUAUAUUGAACUGAUUACCUAGUCUGUAAUGACACAUCAAUGUUAGCUUUGUAUAUUAUUUUUAAUUUGACCUGUAACUAAACGAACUAUGUAGAUAAACUGAAAUAAAUAGUUAUGACAGCUGAUCUAAUUACACAGCUUUAUAUAUAUGAAGUUCAUUAAUGCAUAUUAAUCUACACGAUGGAAUCAAAAAUCGUUUUGAAUUCAUUCAUAAAUAUAAAAACAUCCCGCGAGCGGGAUCGUGGUUGCGCACUGCUGAAGAGUCCCAAAAUAGGACGAAAUGGCCGUACAGUGUUUCCAGCUUUUCGAUGGUGGUCUAGCAUCAAUCGAUUCAUGAUCUCAAUAAAAAACAAGAAAGAAAAAAUCAAAUGUAUUUCAAACAUACAUUAUCAAUGGUAUUCAUCUCUGAAAAUUAUGUAAUCAGUAAUGAAAAUGAAUAACUAAUAUUAAUAUAGAGUGACUAGUUGGGUAAACUAAUUCUUAUGUAUCAAUUCCUACAAAUCCCAAAAAUUGAUAAUAAUCAUGUUCUCAGUAGUGACUAGCUUCAAGAUGAAUUAUCUGUAGUUCUAAUGAGAAGAGGUGACACCGGUGGAGUUCAAUCCGUGUCGAGUGUGGGACAGUUAUCUAAUUCAAACAGUGGAUGAAGAGUCGCGCAAGAUCACGGAUCGAUCUAAGAUAGACAUUAACGGCGUUGAAUGCUGGCUCAAUGGUCUAGAGGUUAAAAAUUCGGGUGCGUGACUGAAAGUCUCUGGUUUGAGUCGCGCAUGCGAGAUCAUAGAUGCGCACUGCUCAAGAGUCCCAUACUAGGAUGAAACGGCUGCCCAGUACAUCCAGGUUUUCAAUGGUGAUCUAGUUUAGAUUGACUGAUGAAAUUCAUUCUGGAAAUAAUUUUUAUGUAACAAAAAACAUUUUAAGCUCUGUACACGAACUACAUAUAUUUCAAUAUUAAAGGUAGGAAAAAUAGAAGUAUUAGGAGUUACAAACCCCAGGGUUUUGCAAUGAGUACUCUGGUAGUCACAAAUGCACUAGUGCUCAUUUCACAGAGAAAGCUAUGAGUACACCUGAAAGGUGUUUUAGUUUGUAAUACGAACGGAUGUGUAAAAACGUACAAGGUAAUUAUUGUUACAUACAAAUAUGCACUAUCUUUUGAAAAUAUAACCUUCUUUAGUACUAACAUUGUUUUAUAUUUACAAAGAUGGAUGAUGGUUAGUAUUAGAAUCCAGUUUGACGAACAUUUGAUCCUAUUUGGGACUCAUCAGCUGAAUGUGCCUCCAUCCCAUUGUACAAGCAGAUGGUCAUCAGGGUUCAGUAGCUAAGUGGAUAACGCGAUGGCGUUUGAAGCGAACGGUGCUGGGUUCGAGUCUCGGGAUGGACAUCGACUUUGGGGUCAACGUACGUCCAGCUGACGAGUUCCAAAUAGGAGGAAACACGCACCAAACUGGAUUCCACUGCUAGCCGUCACCCAUCUUUGCUUAUAAUACAUGUGACUUAAUGUCAUUAUUGAAGCAAUCUGCACCGUAUGCACGUACACCAAUAAGAGACUGUUCAAUUACAGUCCUACACAAGCGAAAAAUACGACAUAUUUUUUCAUCUGAUUUGUAUUUCUCAGAAAGCUUUUAAAUUUGGCUGCUUUAAUGCUGGUGAGCGGCCUCUGCUCCUUCACGAGGAGUAACAGGCGUAAGUAAGUAACUUGAAUGUGUAUAUAUCAAAAUACAUUUAUCAACUUUAUUUUAAUUGAUUAAAUCCACCCGUAGCUCUUUUAGGGUUACUGCCAAUCUCAAUCCCUUAUAAAGGAGGAGAAUUGGGCAUGAGAUCAAUAGCUCGAUCCUAUAGAAAACAAGCUUGCCACAAAAAACGCUAACCAUUUUAAUGGAUUGAACAGAAGUAAAAAUUGGACAUAAAAUAAUCUACUAGCAGUCAAUAUUAUCACAUCAGUCAGAUAUCAACUAGAAAACACAGCGAACGUGAUUUUGAUGGAGUUUUGUCCUAUGAGCUGGAUGGUUUGGUCGUGAAGCUUUCAUCGUUCUUCUGGACAACAUCAUCAGCACAAACUUUAAUCCACCUUAGCUACAAAUCUUCUCCACCAUAGUGAACGUGAAUACAAAGCUAACUGAGGUCAAUAAGACUUAUGAAGGCAGCCAAUUUGAAAAAGAUAACGGUUAUUGGAGUGAAAUCAUAUAAUAGUUGUAUAAUAACUAGAAAGUUCACUUAUACACAGAGUAGUCUCUGAAGAUGUUAACUAGGACGACACUAAGAUCUUAAAUAAACUAUUUAAUUCAAUGAACUCAACACUACAACAACAAAAAAUAUUUUCAAUAAUAUGAAUUGCAGAUUAACAAAGGUUUUACUUCACUAAUCGAUUAAAAAAGAGGGAAUACAUACCAACAACCAAUAUACACUUAAAGUUACCAUUUCAUAAAUGAUUUGAUGUGGUAUAAAAAAUCGAGUCAUUAAAUUCACCUAGUGUUACUUUUACUUGUAUCUUCUCAUUGGUUAUUUAGGACUGCAAUUGAUCAGUCUCUUAUUGGCAUAUGUGAAUACUGUGUGGAUUGCCUCGAUAAAGCAUUAGAUCACAAGCAUUAUAAGCAAAGAUGUAUAGUGGCUAGUAGUGUAAUCCAACUCGAUAUAUUUGAUACUCGUCUGUUGGAUAUAUCUGCAUCUCAGAGUUGAUGUUCACUUUGGGACUCGAACCAAGUACCGUCCGCUUCAAACGCCAUCGCGUUAUCCACUAAGCUACUGAGUCCUAAUAGCCACUUGCUUGUGCAAUGGGGUGAAGUUUAAAUUCACUUGAUGUUGUUUUUACUUGUAUCUUUCCAUUGUUAUUUAGGACUGCAAUUGAUUCAUUUAUAUCCAGCUGACGAGUAUCAAAUAGGACGAAACGCGCGUGAAACUGGAUUCCACUGCUAGCUACUAUCCAUCUUUUCAUUAAGUGAUUAUCACAAAGAAUUAUCGAAUUUAUUACAAAAAAACUGACUGAAAUAUUUAAACAGUUGACAGAUAAACAAUUAAGGUACAUUUUACAGACUUUGAUGAAGAGUUAUUCUCUGAUCUGGAUGAAUUUUAUGCUGAUGUUAUUGUUCAAAAUAACAAUGACCAAACUAUCUAGUUUAAAGAACAAAAAUGCAUCAGAAUUAUCCAGUUGAAUCACAAAUCUUCCCUAACAUCACAUUUGAGUAAAUAGAAUACUAUAUAAUUGUUUGGGUAUACAUUCCCGGCGAAUUUCAAUAUUACAUAGUCUAUACAACAAUUCAUAUCAGAAGGGGUUUUGUGGGUAUUGUAGUAAUUUCAAUGGUUGAGAUCAUGAGUUAUUUGAAGCUAGACUACCGUAGAAAACCUGAAAGCACUGGACUGCCGCUUCGUCCUAUUGUGAAACUCCUCCAUAGCAGUACGAAUCCACGAUCUUGUAUCGCAAGAUUGAAGUUAAACAUGAGUACCAUUGUAUGUUAGCCAGCUCAGUGGUCUAGUGGUUAAACGCUCGCUCAUGUGUGAAACUUAAUAGAUCCUGGGUUCUAAUCUCGUGAUGUAGGAACGCGGAUGCACACUGCGACUGAGAAGUCCCACAAUAGGACAAAACAGUCAUCCAGUACUUCCAAAUUUUCCACAGUGAUCUAACUUUAACUGUCUCAUAAUCUCAACUAUUAAAAUUAUACAACAAUUAUCAUCUAUCUAACUUGAUAAUAUGAAAUGUUGUACAUAUUUUUUUAUCUAUUUGGAAUACAGAUUCAAUUAGCAAAUUGUUCAUAUUACGGAUUUCAAUUUAACAAUCGUUGUUAAGUGCAUUUCUUAUUUAAAUAAUGAAUAGAUUUCAAUAAAAAAUAGAAAAACAAUUAAGUUUUAAUUAUUUUUUUUUAUUUUUUAAAAUUUUUUUUUGUUUUUUUGUUUUAUUUUUGUAACUCAAAAUGACGUAAUAACCAGUUAAUCCUUUUUUUUCUUCUUUCUUAAUCUACCAACAAAAAAAAAACUAAAAAACUUUUUUUAAAUUUU